AUGUGUAUCAUAUCAUCAGCCCCCUCGAAACGCACAGAACCUCCACUAGCGUCGCUGAUUGUGCGAAAAGACGUAUACUACUAUGAGGCGUACGGCACAACGGAUCUUAGUACCGUAACAAGCAGUCACAGGCUUGGCCCAUGUGAACUACCACUGCCGGACCAGUGGCUUGUCCAUACACAAUUGUCGCAGCCAACGCAACCGUCUCAAGCAUCGUUCUACUCCACAUCGCAAACCGGUGGCCAAAGUUUGGGUGGACUCGGUGGACUGUCAGCCUCAACACUGCCGAUACAUCAACAGCAACAUUCCUCCAGCGCCCAGCAGCCAUCAUCUCAGUUGCAACACCAAAUCAACGCGCCGCAAUCAGCUGCCGCAACAGCUACAUCGGGAGCAGCUCCAGCAUCACAACUGCAGAGCCAGUCAAAAAUAAUGAAUGUCGUCGUACCAUCCGUGGCCUGUCCGCCUACCGCAUCGAAAAAGAUACGCCGCAAGCCAGACGCGAAGCAGCCACAAUCGCAGAUCAACAAGUGCAACAACGAGAAACGUCGCCGAGAGCUAGAAAAUGAGUACAUUGAGCAACUUGGCGAGUUCCUGCAGAUCAAGCGGGAUAUGACCGCCUGUAAACCAGACAAAGCGGCGAUAUUAAGUGAAGUAGUACGAACGUUUCGUCAUAUGCUAGAGCAAGGAAACCCGAAUCUAACAGGUUCGCGGUGUUCCAAAUGCUCGCCGGAUUGUUCCGCUUCCUGCAAACUGCACCCAGUGCAACAGGGGGAGGUCUCAUCCACUGAACCGCCACUACCGGAACCUUCGGUGAACGGCCACUCGCCGGAAAAGUCGGCUUACUUCGAGGCAGUGCAGCACUACAUCUCGAACGUCGGCUGGGCCCUACUCGAGAUCAACUCGGAGGGUGUGAUUGAAUGUGCCACGGAGAACGUCCGCGACGUACUGCACUACUCGCGCACGGAGCUCCACGGACAGUCUAUCUAUUCGUACCUGCAUACUGGUGAUCAUUCAAAGCUGAGUCCUAUUUUAAAUAAGAAUUCCUUUGAGCUAAACUGGGAUCAAAAUGAGAUGUUCUAUCAGACGCCAAAGCGGACCAUUCGGACAAAGAUUCGUUGGUUACUGAGGGCGCCGGAAGGAGCAAACGAAACGAUCGAGCAAAAGCAGCAACGCUUGGAGAAGUACAAGGAUCUGCUCAUUAUUUCCGCUCCCGUAAAGGAUGAUACGGAAGAAUCGUCCUCGGUGCUCUGUCUAAUUACACUACCCGAGGACGAUCAAGCAUCCAUUGAAACGACCACUAUGCCACAAACGCUGGACGAACAGCUAACGCUGAAGCUGGAUACUAGUGGUAACAUUAUAGAUUACGACUCAUCGACGCUAAGGAAACAGUUUGCAGGAAAUCUUACCAAAGAGACUAUACGGUCAAUAUACGACAUCUGCCACUAUCAGGACCGUCCGCGUUUGAACGAACAUCUCAGCAACGUCCGUUCGGCCAACGGUACUCCGCUGGAGCUGACGUACCGCUUGCGCCUCGGCGGCCCUGAUGUGUACGUGCACGUGAAGACGCAAUCGAAGCUCUUCCGCUGCACGAAACCAAAUGAAUCGGACUUCAUAAUGGCCAUCUGUACCGUGCUGACGGAGAACGAAGUCACCAUGCUAUCGGCGGACGGCGGGGGCAACGGUGCAAUGGUGAUGGGAGGCGGCAGUGGUGGCCUUAGCGCAGCAAUGAGCGGCAGUAACAUUAACAAUAACAACGGCGGCAACAACGGUAGCAGUAGCAGCAGUAAUCCUACCUCAUCCUCGUCCCUGGGUCUGCUAAUGCCAAGCACUAGCAGCUCGGUGACGGGCGGCGGCCUAAACGGGAGCAACGAGGUCGUGGCUCGGCACAUGGCCCAAAUCACACAGGGAGUUAGUAAUAUGGGUGGUCCGUUGAUGUCGAGUGUGCUUAACGGAGGCAGCGGAAGCGGAGCUGGUGGAGGCGGCGGCGGUCCAAACGCAUCGGGAAUGCUCGGAGGAGGAGGUAGCAUGACGGGUGGAACCAUGAGCGGACCCGGCGGCAUGGGAGGAGGUCCUGGUGGUGGAGCUACGGGACCUGGCGCGUCUGUGCUUAGUGGUAUGGGCGCCGGAGGAAAUGUGGCCAUAGGUCCUGGAUCCGCCAUGGGCUCGAUCGUGUCCCCGCGCAGCAACCCAAACUCCUCCUCGCUCCUGUGUGCUCCAUCCUCCGACAACAGUAACUUCUUCAACUCGGACUUUGAGCUCGACUUUCCACAUUCCACGUUCGAUAUGGAGUCGGUCGGUGUCGGCUGGGACUCGCGGCCCGACUCCCGGACCAGUGUAACUCCGGUCAGCACCCCGCGUCCUCCGUCCGUCAGCGCGUACAGCCCAGCGGCCGCUCCAAUGUGCGCAUCGCCGAUGACGCCGUACUACUCAGGCAACACGAUGGGCGGAAUGCCGUCACCUUCCAACAACAAUGGGGGAGCAGGUGGUGGUGGAAGCGGAAGUGGCCUCGUGAAUACCAACAUGUCCUUAAACAAUAACAACAACAAUACUAACAACAACAACAACAACACUGGGACGCCAUUCGGUUCAAACGCGUUUCAGUUUCCGUUUGACGACAGCAAGGAUAAGCUGCAAGAUAUGCAAUCGCAGCAACAGCAGCAGCAGCAACAACACCAUCCUCAUAUGUCACCGAUGCAACAGCAUCAGUCCUCUAUGCAGUCGCAGCAAAUGGUACAGCGGCAGCAGCACCAGCAGCAACAUCACCAACACCAGCAACACCAACAGCACCUUCAGCAGCAACCUCAGGCUCCAUCGAAUACGCACGAUUCCGAGCGGUUGCGGAACCUGCUCACAACCAAGCGACCUCACUCAAAUGCCUCGUCCUCGUCCGGUUUGGAUAUGGACCACGAUCAUCGGAAUCCGAACCGAAUCUUAAAGGGGUUGCUAAAUUCCGAAGAAGAUAAGGAUAAUAAUGGCAAUAAAUUAAGUACCACAUCUCUUUCACAACGUAUACCUCAGUCAGUUAGAACCCCAACGCAAGGUAGUGGUAACAGUGGUGGUGUUAGUGGGCUGGGGUUAACAGCUCGCUCAGGAAAUGAAAAUAGUAAAUCCAGUACCAAUAAUAUGCUGUUACAGCUACUCAACGACAAAAGUGAUGAUGACGAUAGUGACGCCCGCAACCGGCAAGGUCCUAGCGAACUUCUGAAGCAACUGCAGAAGGUUAAAGAUGAACCAAAGGAGCAUAAUCCAGCUCCACUGAACAACGAAGAGCUGAUCCAGAUGCUACGGGUACAAAGCAAUGAUCGCAAACGACCUUCGACCGAACCGGACGAAGGGUCUGCCGUCAAGCGAACGGAUAACCGGCCGUCUAAGUUACGCGAGCGUAACAAGAUGUUAGCCUCACUGCUGGCCAACCCGGCCAAAGCACCUAUGCCAAUGCAGACCGCAAUGCCCUUCAAUCGCAUCAUCCCGGACAUACCAAACUCGGGGUUGGCUCGUCAACUCGCAAACGUUUCGAGUUCGACCGCGCCAAAUCAGACACUCAACAACAACAACCUAACGACGAGCAACAAUAAUUUAAAACAAGUACAACAGCUGAACCAAAUGCGCCUGCAACAGCAGCAACAACAGCAGCAGAUGCGCAAGUCAGCUAUGCCUUCUCAAUCACAACAGCCUCCAACAUCCUCCGAUAUCUACCUCAACCAUCAGCAGCAACAGCACCACCAUCAGCAGCAGCAGCAGCAUCCGCAGGCGCAUCAGCAGCAUCUUCAGCAACAACAACAUCUUCCACCACAUCCGCAUCAGCAACACCAUUCGCAGCAGCAGCAGCAGCAACAAGCUUCGUUGAUGCAGCAGCAAAUGCUGGCCGCUCAUCGGCAGCAGAACUUCUCGCCCGCGAUACAGGACUCGGGUAUCGGAUCAGCCGGAAGCGGUUCGUUUGCGACAUCGACGUCCGGCACUUCGACGCAACCCGUCUCCGAGUGGGAUCCUGAACUCAACGAAAUACUUAACCACGUGAUCGACAUUGCACCAGAGGGCGACUUUGCUGAAAGCGAACUCAACAGUAUCUUAGGCUUAAGUCCAAUCGAAUCGUCUACAUCUUCGGUUGUGCCGUCGCAAACUAGCCAACCAGAUAUUCAUGAAAAAUUGGCGAUAAACGCGAUCCAAAAAUCGUUGAUGCAGUACGAAAACGUUAGCUCCCCGUUGCAACCGCAACCACAGCCACAGUUCAGCGGAAGUCCUCCGGCAUAUCCGAUGCACGCGAUGGCCGGCGGAGCGAGCAGUGGUAGCGGUUCCGGCGGUGGAAGUGGACCCAACAUGGGCCCCAUGGGUCCAAGCGGCAGUGGCCCUGGUGUUGGUCCUGGAAGCGGCGCUACGGGUAGUGCCAGUGGUGGUGGUGGUGGUCCUGCAGUCAGCUCGGGUAGCAACAUGCAGCAGCAGCAGCAGCAACAGUCGUCACAAUCGGGAGCAAACCAAAACUUCACACCUCCGCCAGUGUACACGCAACGGAUGCGAAUACCACAGGGUCAGAUGGGCGGUGGUAAUCCAGGCGUGCCGCAGAAUUUACUCGCCAUGCAAAAGCUACAUCAGAACCGCGAUCGUAUCCUGCAGGAACAACAACGGACACGACUGCUUCAGCAGCAGCAGAAGCAGCAAAUGGUCGUGACCGUGAAUCCUACCGCGAACUCUGACCUUGGACCUCCCAACGUUACGCUUACCCGUGCAAAUAAUGUGCCGGAUUCACAGCUCAGUCCUGGAUUUUCGCCGAGCCUGAUGCAACAGCAGCUGAGUCCUAGCCAACGUGCACAGCUAAGUCCGCAACAAGCAGGAUUCCAAGGCAAUCCGUUCAACAACAAUCCAGGCCACCGAUUAUCUCCUCAGCUGCAACAGAUGGUAUCCGGUUUUGGCAAUGCGGGUGGUAACGUAAAUCAACAGCUAUCACCUCGCCAGCCGCCAUUUGGCGCUGGGGUGGGAGGCCAAGCGGUCAAUCAACCGAACGUAGUCGUCCCGGGCCAAUCGCCGCAGCAGCAGCAACAACAACAACAACAACAGCAGCAGCAGCAACAACAAGCACAACAGCAGUGGCAACAGAACACGAAUGCGAGACUAUCUAUUCAGCAACAAAAUCCAAUGCUAAAUGCUCAGCUUUCGUCCGUGGGUGGAUUCAACCCCGCUGCGAAUCGACAGUUUGUCGGUCCACCUCAAAGGCAACGGAAUACGCUUAACAGUCCCGGAACACCCCGUCAACAGAACGCGUUCGGUGGCUCGAUGGUGGAUGGCGGCGGAUUUCCAGGUCCACCCAGCCCCUCGCCAGUGGGUGUAUCUGCGCCGAACUUUGCCAACAACGUGUAUGCCACCCAGCAGAUGAGGCUCCAGCGGCAAGGCAGUGUGCCGCCGCAAGCAACUCAACACUUGCACGCUGUUUUCGCAGGAUCGCCCCGUUCCGCGUACGGUGGACAUGGGCCCGGUCCGGACGCCACCGGUUACGGUAUGAUGUUCGGGAAUGCGGCAGCAAUGCAGCAGCACACGGCGACCUCACCAGGCGAUUUCUUCAAUCGCAGUCAAACUGGUGUCAACGGUGGUAUUAUCGGUGGUGGAAGUAGUAUGGGUAGCGGCGGCGGCGGCGGCGGUGGCGGCAGUGGCGGCAGCAGCAGCAGCCUUAGCAAUGGCACCAACUCCGGUGGCCAGAGCCUGAACCACUCGGAGCUGGUGCGGCAGGAGCUGCGGGCCGUUGUCAGUGGCCGAGCGCAACGGCCACCAUCGCACAGUAGUCCGAUGGGUUUGUCCCCGCUCGGGUCCAUGUCGCUGCAGGCCUGUAACGAUAUCACCGGCGGUAUUGGUAGUGGUGGUGGUGGAGGUGUUACCGGUGGAGGCGGUAUGAAUGCCUCCGUCGUCGGCAGUAGCAACGGUGUGUGCAGUGCCAUGUCCAACAUGUUGAGUGGUGGUAUCGGUGUUGGUAGUAGUGGGAGUGCAGGAGGAUCAAGGACAUCCUCGACGGACACCGGCAUGUCCGGGGCGAUGCUACACAGCGGUAGCACUUCCACCGGUCUUGAUCCAUCGAUGCUGUUCAAUUACCAUCUCACCCAGAAAGAGUUUUUCGGAGGAAACACGAGUCGGUGA